AUGGAAAUUAUGGUAAAAGAGGUCUUGUGGGUGGAGGUAAAGAAAACGGCAUACAGCAUACUGCGCGAAGAAGUAACAAAAAUCGCACUAGCCCGAUUCUACCGUCUCCCAAAAGUGCACAAAGAGGGCGCUCCUCUCCGGCCUAUCAUAUCACUAAAGGGCACUCCAACCUACGGACUGACAAAGUGGCUGUUUCAACGUCUCAAUUUUCUGACCUCUGAUUCGAACACCACAGUCAGCUCGUCAACUCAAUUCAUGGAGAAACUUAAAGGAGUAAGUCUCCUGCCAAACGAUAUCAUGGUUUCCUUUGAUGUCACGUCCCUUUUUACUUCUAUCCCGCAGGACCUGGCAGUCGAGACAAUCGAACUACUCUUACGAGAGAAGUACGACGAGACGGAGAAUCGCCUCGGACACGCCCAAAUCAUCCAGCUCCUGAAGUUCCGUCUCAAGACGUACUUUACGUUCGACGAAACAAUCUACGAGCAGGUAAAGGGAACGCCAAUGGGUUUGCCGAUUUCGGGACUCAUAGCCGAGGCGGUCCUACAACGGCUGGAGUCGCUGGUUUUCCGACACCACAGACCUAAAUUUUGGGCUCAGUAUGUGGAUGACACCUUCGUCGUCAUCGAGCGGGAUCAGGUGCUGGCGUUCAAAGAACAACUCAACGCCGUCUUCCCGGACAUAUAA